GCAUCAGAAAAGGGUGGAGGACGCUAUCGAUCAACUUCACAGUUGGAGUGUUGCGGUAACGGCUCUGAAAAGUACCUUCGUAAUCGGAGACCCCAGACAACUACGAAGUGCAUACCAGCGCCUCAAAGACCUCUAGAACCAGCCUCCGCUAUCGAAUCCGUCGAAGAUCUAUACGUACUGUCUUGACCAUGAGAUUCUGGUUAGUGAGACGAAGGGUACUACUCGAGUCCCAAGCGACCUUGACUGUACUCGAGGCUUGUUUGAGGGAAUCCACAGUCACAGCCUUGAAGACAUCAUAAGCAAAGCUGAUAUGACGCACGAAGAGAUCUUCAAGAUGGAGUACUCUCAAGCCCAGAAGUUGGUCCGAGGAUGGGCGAGGAUUAAGGUCAAUCUGGAUAUGCACACCAAGCGAGCUGAGAGAUAUUUUCCGUCUGAUCAGGGCAAGAGAGAGGAAAGCCAGCCAGAUAUAACUACUCUCACGGAGAGGCUCAGAGCCUUGCAGAUACAACUGAGCCAAGUAGGUCCGUCUGAUCGGAGACACCAGAUAGAAGACAUAAGGACUGCAUACCGGCCACAGCAGCUAUGGGGCUGUCAGCCACUCGUACACCAGGUCGUACACCAGGCCCAAGGAAAUACGGUCAGGACUCAAGACAGCCCUCGUCAAGACAGCCCUCGUCAAGACAUCUCUCGUCAAGGACAGCUGUACGACUACGAGACCAGACAACACCGUCCGUAUCCGAAUCGAUGGGGCACGACAACCAGGAAAUGUGUCUUCUGUGCUAUGCCUGGCCAUCUUGUCUCACAGUGCGGUAUACUUGAAGAUUUGAAUCGCGACGGCUUUCUCCGAUGGGACCCAAUGGACAGAGCCUACUUCCUCGGAGGAGACUACAAAAGACAGACUGCGAUUCAGGUACCGACAUAUAUCGAGAGAAAGGCGACGCAGGAGGGCAAGUCUAUCCUACGAGAGGUGUGCGACUGGGUCAUGUCGAACAACCUUGAUCCUCAAUUCCAACGGCUUGCGGCCUAUUAUCUUAGACGAGACUUUGGUAUUACGAAGAAUGAUACGAGCACUCUCCAGAUUCAGAGCUCCUCUCAGCCGCCGCAAGUACAGGAUAAUCGACUACAGACGCCAGGACUAGUACAGCCAGAGACAGCGAAGACGAACACAGCCCUUAGUCCCGACAUCCGAUCAGCCGACCUUGUAGUUACCAAGAUCCUCACUAGGUCGAUAGUCGAAGAUUUGGACAGCACGACAGUUGAACCGUUUUUGCAGCCGUCUGAUUAGACGAAGAGGAACGAGACUGCUGAUACUAAGAGGACCACCGCUGUGGACGAGGCUACCGUCGAUAAGAGGACUGCCGCUGCUAAGAGGAUUGAUACGAGCAGUCAGACAGUCCUACUAUUCGGUCUGGAAGUAUACUACACUUCUCGGAGGAGCUUGUCAAGGAAAAAGAUUCGGAAGCUACUAAAGAGGACGAGGAAGAUACCGGACAGCCAGGCAGAAUCGAGAGAGGCGGACUUUGAGGACCUUGUUACUCCGUCCUGCGACUUUGACUGGCAGGAAGAUAAGUGGAAAAAGAAGUGCGUCCUGGGGAGGAAAGAAAAGAGGAGAGAGAGUCCUGGGGAGGAAAGAGGAGAAGUACGUUCUGGGGAG